AUGGGGCAUCGCGCCCGGCUCAUCCGCGCGAGCGCCGCGAAGAUGUCCGCGCCGGCGACCGUCGCGCGCGGCGUCGGCGACGGCUCCCGCGACGGCGGCGCCUCCCGCGGCGGCGGCGGCUCCCGCGGCGGCGGCGGCUCCGGCGACGCGGGCUCCGGCGACGCGGGCUCCGGCGACGCGGGCUCCUCCGGCGACGCGGGCGGCUCCGGCGACGGCGACCGCGCGGGGUCCGGCGACGGCGACCGCUCCGUCACGUCGAUCGCCGCGGCCGCCUUCCGCUUCUUCUUCGGAGCACUCUUCUCCGUCGGCGACUCCGGCGGCCGCGUCGCGGCGGCGACGAGCGGCGGCACGAACCCCGGGUUGGGCGGCACGAACCCCGGGUUGGACUGUAUGUCGAUGGCUUCGAGAUGCGCGUCGCCGGCCGCGAGCCACGCGCGGUCGAGCUCGCGCGGCCGCCGCUGCCCAUCCGGCGGCGUCACGACCGGAUGCGGCGGCGCGGCCCCCGGCGGGCCCCCGGGGGCCGGCAGCCAGGGCGGCGGCGGCUGCCAGGGCGGCGGGAAGCCGCCCGGGAAGCCGCCCGGCGCGAAGGGCGGGUUCGGAAAGAAGCCCGGCGCCAUCGCCGGCGGCGGCGGCGGCGGCAACCCCGGCGCCAUCGCCGGCGGCGGCGGCGGCGGCGGCGGCGUGGCCACGGGCCCGAAGCCCCCGCAGGCGGCGCCGUCGGCCAGCGCGUAG